AUGGUGGAGGGGAAUUUAUCAUCCGGAAAUAUGUUGCAAGGUAAUAGUUCUCAUGGAGGUUUUAAUUUGCAAGGACCGGUACGAGUUCAUCAUCAUCAGCAACACCCCCUUGCACUCCAUCAACAACAUAAUUCUCAUCCUCGACAAGGAUCAUCAAUGGUUCGUCCCUCGAGUCAUGAGAAUUUUUCACUUACAAUUGGAAACACACAAGAUUGUGAACAGACAAUUUCCUUUACGGACUACAGCAAAGAGGAGAGGGUAAAACCUGCAAGUGAUGAGGAUGAGCCAAGUUUUACGGAAGAUCCAACUGGAGGAAAGAAGGCAUCCCGAUGGCAACGUGUGAAAUGGACCGACACUAUGGUUAGGUUGUUGAUAACGUCUGUUUCUUACAUUAGUGAGGAGGCAGCCACUGAAUAUGGUUGUAGUGUUGGGAGAAGGAAAUAUGCAAAUUUACAUAAAAAGGGGAAGUGGAAAUCAGUUUCGAAAGUCAUGGCUGAAAGGGGCCAUUUUGUUUCACCUCAACAAUGCGAAGAUAAAUUUAAUGACCUUAACAAAAGGUAUAAAAGACUUAACGAGAUCCUCGGGAGAGGAACUUCUUGUGAGGUUGUUGAGAAUCCAACACUUUUAGAUAUGAUGGAUCACAUCUCUGAUAAAGCAAAGGAGGAAGUUCGAAAGAUUCUAAACUCAAAACAUUUGCACUAUGAAGAGAUGUGUUCAUAUCAUAAUGGAAACCGACUGCACCUUCCCCCAGAUCCUGAUCUGCAGCGUUCUUUGCGCUUAGCACUUAGAAGUGGAGAUGAUAAUGAUGUGAAAAGGCACCUGCAGGAUGAUAAUGUCGAAGUUGAUCAAGAAGCUGAAUCAGAUGGUGACGAUGAAUAUGAAGAAAAUCAUGGUUUCUGUGGGGAUCUUAGGGUAGAGGGAAUACCAGGAAACUCGACGAAGAGGCUAAAGCAAUGUCCGGGUCAUGAAGAAUUUAGUUUCGGAAGUUCUCUGAACUCUCUAGAUUGCCACAAAAGUUUUAAUUUCCAGCCAGAAAUUCCCGAUGCUGAUGUGAGUCAAGCGCUACCUGAAGGCAUGAAAGCGAACAUGUCAAAAAAGCAGUGGCUGAAUUAUCGCACUCUACAAUUAGAAGAACAAAGGCUACAUAUUGAAGCACAAAUGUUGGAAUUCGAGAAAGAGCGGUUCAAAUGGCAGAGAUUUUGCAAGAAAAAGGACAGAGAAUUGGAGAUGACGAAGAUGGAAAUUGAGAGGAUGAAACUUGAGAAUGAACAUAUGUGUUUAGAGUUAAGACGGAGGGAGAUGGGUAUUGACAGCAGUUAA